AUGGCUGACUCUGAUUUCUCCGUGGCAGAUUCUCUACAGGAUAUUCUAUUUGGAUCACUGUCGGGAUGUACUGGAAAGACCAUUGAGUAUCCCUUUGAUACUGUCAAGGUGAGAUUGCAGUCGCAGCCUCAUGAUCAACCUCCAAAGUUCGCAGGGGCAUGGGACUGCAUCCGCAAGACGUUUCAGAAGGAAGGGAUUGUAGGGUUUUACAGAGGUAUCUCUUCGCCAAUUGUCGGCGCAGCAGCUGAGAAUGCCACUCUUUUCGUAUCUUACAAUAUUGCACAGACUGCCAUAAAGAAACAUGUACUGCAAACCAAAGACGAUCUAACGAUUCCUUAUCUUGUGCUAUGUGGUGGAAUCAGUGGGCUAGUUGCAUCGUACGUUUUAACACCUAUUGAACUCAUCAAGUGUAAGAUGCAAGUGGAGAGUCUGUACUCCAAUAAGACAUCGUCCAUUACCCAACUCUGCAGAGCAGUUUGGCGAACAGGUGGACUUGCUGGAUUUUGGCAUGGUCAAACAGGGACCCUGUUAAGAGAGUGUGGAGGAUCUGCUGCCUGGUUUGGAGUUUAUGAAUUCGUCUCGUUUGAGCUGAAGAAGCUGAGGUUGAAACGUACGCCAACUUCAAAGGACACGAAUUCCGUGCCAGAGCUUUUGAUAAGUGGUGCCUCUGCAGGUGUUGGAUAUAACCUGUCUCUGUUCCCUGCAGAUACAAUAAAGAGUAAGAUGCAAACCAGCAGUAUCAUCAACCCAGAGGCACAUCUGACUUUUAUAUCAGCUGCGAAGGAUCUUUAUAGACAUGGUGGCAUAUCAAUCUUUUAUAGAGGGUUGGGAAUCACGCUUAUACGGGCCAUUCCUUCAAAUGCUGUCAUAUUCUUCACAUACGAAGAGUUGAAAAAAAUAUUUGCCUAG